AUGAACUGUGAUCAUUUGCAACGCAUUUGCAAUUGGAUGAUGAUGGGAAAGGCUAAAGAACACAGUAUAGAACUUAGACAACGUAUUGUUGAUUUCCACAAAACCGGAUCGUCUUUGGGGAAGAUUUCAAGACGAUUAAAGAUUCCUAAGCAAUCUGUUGCCACAAUAGUUCGCAAAUACAAAUCCGUUGGUAUGAUUCACACCUUGCCACGGUCGGGAAGAAAACCAUUGUUAUCUGCUACUGCUGAACAAUUGGUUAGGAUGGUUCGAAGCAAUCCAAAAUCAACGAAGAAGCAUGUUUGUCGCGAAAUGCAAGAUGCAGGAACGCAGGUAUCCUUGUCUACAGUCAAGCGAAUUUUGCAUCGUCAUGGACUCAGGGGCUGCCGUCCAAGAAAGAAACCUCUACUGCAAAAAAGGCAUCUCCAAGCUCGUCUGAAAUAUGCUUGUGAGAAUAUGGAUAAAGGAGAUGAUUUUUGGAAUAACGUUCUGUGA